AUGGCAGAUAAACAAAAUCCAAGUCAAGUCUCCGCGACAUCACUCUCCAAGUUGAAGAGAUCAAGAAAUGGCCAUCGCUCACAGAUGACGAAGCUACUCAACAAGGCAGAAGCAGUCAUCGCCUCCUUUGAACUCGAAAGUACCGACAAGUUCGUGGCCAUCGAGACACUCACCUCGAAUCAAGAACUGAUACAAGAGAGGUAUGAUAUACUGAAAUCCAUUGAUGAACGUAUCUUAGAACUGGUAGAGGAAGACGAUAUCGAAAGUACCAUAGAAGAUUCCAGUGACUACCUCAAUGACGUCUACGCAAGUAAAUUCAAGAUUCAACGGCUAAUCGAAAGAAAGCGCAGGGAACCAACAAACCCAUCCAGCCACGGAACAGAGGAAACAACCCCACCGACAGUUUCAACCCCGCCGACAGUUACACCCAGUACAAGCGGUGACAAUACAGCACAGGCGAUGUAUUUAACUGCCCCGAAAACAAUAAGCCUGCCAAAACUUCAACUGCCGACAUUUAAUGGUAAUAUACUUCAAUGGGUGAGUUUCUACGAUGCUUUUAAAUCUGCAGUACACAGUGAUUCUAAUCUCGGAGAUGUCCAAAAGUUCCAAUAUUUACGUGCGCAACUUACAGGCGAAGCAGCUCGCGCCAUUGAAGGCCUUCAACUGACCGAUUCUAACUACAGACAUGCCAUUCAGAUUCUCGUUGAUCGUUAUGGACAAAACCAUAAAAUCAUCGCCGCAUACAUGAAAUCGCUAUGGGAGAUGCCAAAACCAACAGGUGAUCUCAACAGCCUGAGAAAUUUUUAUGACAGUCUUGAAAGUUAUAUUCGCGGUCUCCAAUCUUUGGGAAAAAGAGAAGACUCGUACGGCGAUCUGCUUGUGCCGAUUAUGCUAGAGAAAUUACCCGGUUACGUCCGAAAACAAAUUGCACGGGAACACGGCAAUUGUGAGUGGAAACUUUGCGAAUUACGUGAAGCUAUCCUUAAGGAAAUUGACGCAUUACAAGCCGGUUAUUCGCUCGACGAAUUUGACCGCGAACCACCUACUGAACCACCCGUCACCGCUGCGUUCUACGCCGGAACGUCUACAGAACCACGGAAACCACGAUCGUGUGCUUUCUGCAAGGGAGAACACAGCCCAAAUAACUGCAAAAUUGUCGUCGAUCGCAAUAAACGAAUGGAGGUAGUUAAACGGGACAAUUUAUGUUUUAAUUGCCUCGGAAGACAUCGCGUAAGUGCCUGCAAAUCUAAGUUUAGUUGCCGUACUUGUCAACGAAAACACCACACCGCUCUUCACUCAACUCAGCCUACGAACUCAAAUUCACACACGAACUCGUCGAAAACGCCAAAUGCCGCGUCACAUGCGGUUGAAACCCACGUUCAAUUUGCCAAAGCCGACUUUGAAGAUAUUCCACGCGAAUUACCGACCGGGCCAGUCCUUCUGAAGACAGCCGUUAUUCCGAUCUCUGCCGACUACGAGAAAGUUCACGCUAACGUAUUAUUCGAUGAAGGUGCCACGCGAUCUUUUAUUACUACAGAACUUGCUUCAAAACUUGGGAUUAAAUCUAUUCGCUCUGAAGUGAUACACCUCGCCGCAUUUGGAGACAAGAAUUCUCGUGCGCGAUCUUUGGAAGUGGCGACACUUACUUUACACACUAUUACAGGGGCCAAACGUGACAUUAAUGCUUUAAUAGUGCCCGAAAUCUCAACACCAAUGAAGAACUUUGUUACUCCGUCGAUUCGCAACUUGCCUCAUUUACGCGCAUUGAAACUUGCGCAACCCGUUUCAAGUAUUGACUCUUUCACAGUUUCUUUAUUGAUUGGAGCAGAUUUCUAUUGGGACUUUGUCGAAGAUCACGUUAUACGCGGCCCAGGCCCGACCGCUGUAAGUUCUAAGUUUGGAUACUUACUUUCCGGUCCAAUUCGUCAAGGAAUAUCAUCGGAAACUAACGCUACCACAUUACACGUCAUGACACACGUAUACGAAGAAGAAUCUAAACUACAAAGUUAUUGGGAUUUAGAAACAAUCGGUAUCAAAGAUGACUCGUCGAAAUCGGACAUUAAUGUUGAUAACUUCGAAAUCUUUCGUGAUACUCAUCUGCGAGAAGAAAACGGGAAGUACAUAGCUCGGUUACCCUGGAAACGUGACCACCCACCGCUUCCCACCAACUACGACAUCACUGAGAAACGCACUCGCGCCAUGGUCCGUAAAUUGACACCGGAACUUUUACAAACUUACGAUAAAAUCAUCAAUGAUCAGAAAAGCCGAAACUUCAUUGAAGAAGUAAAAGAUGACGACAAUACACGUGGCCAUUAUUUACCGCACCACUCAGUGAAAAAGGAUUCAAUUACAACACCUAUACGAGUAGUUUAUGAUUGUAGUUGUAAAUCGCGUGAUUCUCCGAGUCUAAAUGAUUGUUUAGAAACCGGACCCUCCCUUCUGAAUGAUCUCACUUCAAUUCUACUUCGCUUCCGCGUCAACCGCUUUGCAUUAACUAGUGAUAUAGAGAAGGCGUUUUUGCAGGUUGGAUUAGAGAACGAUGAUCGCGAGUUUACCAAGUUCAUGUGGCUAACGGAUCCGUCCGAUCCCGAAAGUCCGUUCACAAUAUACCGGUUCAAAGUAAUAUUAUUCGGUGCUGUUUCUUCUCCGUUUAUUUUAAAUGCUGUCGUCAAAACGCAUUUAGAAAAUAAUCUCGACAGCUCUACCGCAAAUGAUCUCAGAGAAAACAUCUAUGUGGACAAUAUUGUUACAGGGACUGACAACACAAUUGGAGCAUCUGCAUACUACAAUGAUGCUACCCAACUUAUGAAUUCAUGUGGAUUUAAUCUACGCUCGUGGGCAUCAAAUUGUGACGAACUCCGUUCACUAGCAAGAAAGAACAAUGCUCUUGAUUCUAAUUCUACGGUUAACGUUCUUGGAAUCCGUUGGUUAACUGAGUCCGACCAGUUAACUUAUACAAAGAAAGUCGGCUCGCCACAGCCAGUCAGUCUGACUACUAAACGCGAGGUCGUCAGGACAACCGCCGUCUUGUACGACCCCCUUGGAUAUCUCUCUCCAGUACACAUAAAGGCAAAAUUGUUUGUUCAAGAUUUAUGGAAAAGAAAACUCGCUUGGGACGACCCAGUAGACGAGAACAUACACAAACAAUGGAUUGAUAUCGCUGAAGAUUUAAAUGAAAUACGGAACACUAAAAUUAAACGCCAAUAUUUCAACGCUGACGGAACUAUAAAUUCACACAUUCAUGACAAUAAGAAUGUUGAAUUACAUGUGUUUGCCGAUGCUAGCAGUAAAGCAUAUGGUGCUGUCGCUUAUCUUCGUCGCUAUGACAACCAAACUUCGCUCGUUAUGUCAAAGACACGUGUAGCGCCCAUGAAAGAAUUAACCAUACCACGCUUGGAAUUAAUGGCAGCUUUAAUCGCUUCUAGGUUGAUGAAAUUUGUGUUCAACGCGCUCAAAGACAAGUUGAACAUUACGAGUUGCACACUUUGGUCGGAUAGCCAAAUCGUCCUGCAUUGGAUAGGUAGCAACAAGAAACUACCCACAUUCGUUGCGAAUCGCGUCAAAGAGAUCAACCAGUUUCCAUGUAAUUUCAAAUAUUGUCCAACAACCGACAACCCUGCAGACAUGAUAUCUCGUGGUAUAUCCGCCCAGAAAUUGGAAAAUUGUGAUCUUUGGUGGAAUGGACCCCCCUGGUUGAGUCAAGGUGACUGGCCAAUCUGUGAUUUAUAUGACAGUGCUGUUCAUCAUAUAUCAACAGCCGACACUUCAGAAGGCCAACUUGAACAUACCCCUCAGUCUGACAUUCCUACCGAAACAGGAAUCCAGCACGUGGUCGAUGCGACACGAUACAGCUCUCUAAACAAAUUACUCCGAGUAACUGCACUGGUAUUAAGAUUUAUAUCUAAUACAAGACACAGAAACCAAACACUGAAAAGUGGAUACCUCACAGCCGAAGAAAUUCAACGCGCUGAACACGUGUGGAUUAAGGAUAUACAACAAGCCGCGUUUUAUGAAACCAUUAAAUCUCUACAACAUCAACAGACAAAAAAUGGCUCGCUUGUGAAACAACUUAAACUCUUCGUAGACGAAUGUGGUUUACUUCGCUGUGGUGGGAGGCUACAUAAUGCUCCCUUACGUACGGACACAAAAUUUCCUAUACUUCUUCCUAAUAAUCACAGGUAUACCGAUCUUCUGAUUCUAAACGCCCAUGCAAGUGUACUUCAUGCCGGAGUACAAUCAACGGUGACUCAUAUCCGUCAGCGCUAUUGGAUCGCGAAAAUACGCCGAGUCGUAGGUAGACUUCUACACAGCUGCAUUACCUGCCGUAAAGUAAGCGGGAAGCCCUACCAGACACCACUACAAGCACCGCUUCAAUCGUGUCGAGUGAAUAUAACUUCGCCCUUUACCGUGACUGGGGUAGACUUCACUGGUGCUCUACACGUGAAAUCUCCUGAGACAGCUAAAGAAACGAAAUCAUACGUAUGCUUAUUCACAUGUGCAGUGACGAGAGCCGUACAUUUAGAACUUAUGCCCAAUCUAUCAACACAAAGUUUUCUUCUCGCGUUUCGCCGUUUUGUCGCCAGACGCUCGUUGCCAGGAAAACUAAUAUCGGACAAUGCAUCCACGUACUUAUCAGCCGCUAAUGAACUGAAUCAAUUAUUCGACUCUCCGGACGUGAAACAAUAUCUAGCUAACAAACGCAUACACUGGCACUUCAUUCCUAAACGUGCACCAUGGUAA